ACAACGAGUUCUCCAUUCACGGUGAUUUUCUCGAUCGAGUACACCUGGCCAUUUUGUCCAUUUCCAUUCAAAGACUUGACUUCACAGAUUUUGAGAAUGACUACCAUGUGGAAGCUGAUGGCUCUUGCAGCCACGUUGGUGACGGUUUCAGCUUCGGCCCUAAUGGAGUCCGAUCUCAAAGUCCUGCCGUCCAAGGAGGAGCAGCUGUUGGAACUGUUCAGAGAGGACUUGGCUGAGAUGACCCCAGACGAAAUCGCCAAGUUUCUCCUUAUCGACUCUCAGUUUGUUAGUGCGUCAGAAGUCAGGGGUGAAGGAGUUACAGGUAAAUGCACGCUAUCUAGAGAAGCACUCUCAGCUGAGUGCUGCACCACACUCUCUUUCAAGGUCUUCUGGAAACGCCACACUGUCAGUGCUUGCGCUUUCGUCCAGGUUCUUAAGAAGGUAUAUGGUCUUCACCUCAAAAUAACUGCAGCCCGUAGAAUAAUUUACGACAAAGAGGUGUCAGCCCGUGAACCACCGGCCAUUUGCAUAGGCGUCCCUAAGAUAAGAGUGGCUAAAGUCUGCCUUGACUUCCAUGAAGUCCAAUGGAGAAACGGCUUCCAUGCAUGCGUUAAUUUCGAAGUCCGUAUCCCUUUUAAGACUCUAUUGGAUGUUCGUCUUGGAUGCAUUGACUUCUAAAGAGGUUGACCUAACUAACCAACCGUUAGAGAAAACACUUCAAUUUUAAUUAUUCCAUCAAAAUUGUUUUAGACUAACCUGCAUGUUUUGCUUCUCAAGUCUGUUAAAGUAUAACCGACACAAAGCUUGUAUGCUAUAGUUAAAGUAUUUCUAUAAAACUUGCACAAAGCAAAAUCUUUCUAAAGAAAAUGUUGAUUCAGACUAUCGUUAGCUGAAUAUUAUGCACUGUAGUUUUCAAAAUUAAUGAUUGUCAGCACGAUAAACAAUAUCUGGAGCAACCCUUCACAUAUAUGCCAAUUUGAAUUCCAGCAAAACUUUCCCGGUGAGGGUAACAAAAAAUAAAUUUCAUAAAGAGUUUUAAGUAGUCUUUACAGCUACUCAGCAGAGAGUUAACUUGUACCUAAGAAACUACGCCUAAAUUAACCAUCCCUGCUAUAAAUACACGUCAGUAGCCGUUAAACAGCAAAACUUUCAAGUUUAAUUAAUCCCCUUGUUCAAAAAAUCUUUUCCAAUUUGUAUGAAGUGUCAAAGUUAUCAAUAUUUCACCACUGGCAACUAUUUCUGAAUCAAAUGCACAAAGUGAUAGCGAACGUUAGGAAAAAUCACAAAUUUCUUAUGGGGGACUGGGGCACAAGCAUCCGGUGGGGGCACCCGUUCCCAGUAGGUACGCCACAGACUCAAGCCAGAGGGUUGGACAUUUUUAAUUGAUGUUUGACACCAUUUAUUAUUUAGUGUAACAACUCUGACCAUGAUUACUAUUUAUUUUGAAAAAGACUGCCAAUCAUAGUUUUUCAACUACCGACAGGCUGCAAUUAACAGUCUCCAAGUUUACCCUAGCCUAACAGUCGUAACAAUUUUCAUUUCUUUGCACUCCUGUCACCUUCCCCUUUGCUACAAUAGCAUCAAAACAGGAAUAUAACAGACAUUUCAGACUCAAGUCACAAUAUCUUCAAUCAGUUUGCUGUGGGAAACGAGCACGUUAAGCCUUAAGUCAGUAUGCAAUUAUAUAUAUAGUAUAGUAUAUUGUUUGGGUAUGGCUGUUAACAGCAAGAGAGCAAGAAGUUGUUCGGGUGCAAUUUAAGAGACACAUUGGAUCCUUUGAGAAGUAGAUAAAGAAUAUUAAUAAAACAAUAAAUACAACGAGAUGCAAAUCAGAA